UAAAACAUUUAUUUACAUCAAUAAAUAUAUUUUCAAAGAGUUUGGUUUAUAGUUUUUAUAUUUCUCAUCAUGUAGACCAAAUGCGUAUAGUGAUUUUAGAAUUUUGGACAGUAUAUGAAAAAAUGUAAUGCUAUUUUCAUAAACUACAAUCAACUAGGUACAGUUCUUCAAAUGUGGGAGAAGCUCCAGGUGCAAAGUGGUACCAGAGUUAAAUUAAAAAGAAAACACAUUCUGAUGGAAAAUGAAGUUUUUAUUUUAACAAAAUUAAAUUCCCAGCACAAGACUGAUGAAGAACAGAAUGAAAAUAGGAUUUAGAUAUAAAAAAUCUAACGAAACUGCAUGUAAAACCAAGCCAAACAUCCCAUUAACAAUUCUCUAGAUAAAAACCUGGUUUACGUUUAAACAAAUCGGUACUUAUAAGAGGAUGGCGAUUUAAAAAAACCGGCUAAACCGAUUAGAACGUUAACAGUCACAGAAAUGUUCGCGUGUAUUAAUAUAAUACUACUCAUAUUAUGUGUAUGCCAUGCUUACGAUAUUGAAGACUUUGCAGCUGAAUCAAGGAUAGCAAAUGGAACAGACGCUAAAGAAGACGAGUUUCCUUAUGCUGUGUCUUUAAGGAUAAAUUCAAGCCACACUUGCGGUGGAACAAUCCUGAACGAGAAAUUUAUUCUAACAGCAGCUCACUGUGUUUGUGCAAACUGCAAACCGCAGAAUAGUAACUUCUUCUCAAUCCAGUACGACGUGUUGCAAAUUACUAACGAUUCUAUGAAUUCUAUAAAUGUGAAGAAAAUACACUGCCAUAAAUACGACUCGGAUAAGAACAUUUAUGAUGUAGCAGUUUUAGAGUUGGAAAAACCCAUUCCUAAGGGUAAAUGGAGCCCAGUAAAAAUGGCAAACCACUUCGUUGCAGAAGAAGAUCUGAGCGGCACCAUCAUCGGUUGGGGAAGACUUUCCCAAGACGGUCCAAGAUCUAAAACUCUCCAGAAAAUGAAGGUGGAAAUCUACAACGAUGAAACUUGUGCAAAGGAGUUCGACACCGUGCACCAUAUUUGUUUUGGCGCUCCCGUAGGUGGUGCAUGCAAGGGAGAUUCUGGAUCUCCACUAAUUGUUGAAGGUAUCCAAGUUGGUAUUGCUUCCUUCAUAACUGACAACUGUGGAAUAGCAAAUAGGCAGAAUCCCAAUGUUUAUUCGAGAGUGUCUACUUACCACGACUGGAUUUCAGGAAUAACAGGAUUAGACAAGUCGUAAAUUCAAGGAAUUACUACUAUUACUUUUAUGCACUGUACUUAUUGAAGGUAUUUGUUUACAAUAAUAAUAUUUACAGUAAUAAACAUGUCUUUAGAAAAUCUUAAAUUAU